AUGAGACCAACAUCCAUCCAACAUGUUGGAUUGAAACCCCGCCCUUUUCCACUUUCCAACCAGAUCCUCAGGCGACACCAUUCAACUAAGAAGGGUUUCCAUAAUGCAGUUAUCGCAAACCCAACGUCCUCCGUUCAACCACCUCUGAAGAUGUCCUCGAUGGCAAGGCUGCCAACCAAAAUAGUCCUACGGUCACUAGUUUUGACGUCGCUCAUGUCGUCCAAACUAUUUCUCAAACCCGCCCUGGCUAUAUUGAACAUUGUCACAAACUCGAAAUCCGCCAUACUCAACCCGGAUCGCAAUAGGGUGCUCAACAAGCUGCUUCGAUGGACAGUAUACAAUCACUUUUGUGCGGGCACAAACCGACAGGAAGUCUCAAAGACCGUUGCGGAAAUAAAGAAAAUUGGAUAUCAAGGUGUCAUCCUGGGUUAUUCGAAGGAGAUAGUUGUGGACCCGAACGAGAAGUUGGCGCACGAUGGAUCUGGGUCGCUGAACUACAGCGACAAAUGCUAUCAAAUCGUGGAAGAAUGGAAAAAGGGAACAUUGGAGACCCUUCGUAUGGUUGGUGCUGGUGACUAUCUCGCAGUAAAGCUGACAGGGGCCGGUCCCAUUUCAAUUGAUGCUAUGGCUGAUAAUAGACCCAUGCCCGAAGUCUUGGCAAAGGCGAUGAAUGAAAUAUGUGUUGCUACUCGAGAGCAAGGGUCGCGAUUGUGGCUGGAUGCGGAACAACAGGUUCUCCAACAAGGACUUGACAACUGGGCUAUCGAUAUUAUGCGCAAACAUAAUUCUUCUGCGGCUCCAUUGGUUUACAACACCAUUCAGGGAUAUUUGAAGGGGUCCAAGGCAAAUGUCGAUCGUCACCUUACUCUGGCUGCGCAGCAGGGAUUUUCCGUGGGAAUCAAGCUGGUUCGGGGAGCGUACAUUGAGCAUGAAACACGACCCCUUAUUCACGACACCAAAGAAGAAACAGACCAAUCAUACGAUCUCAUAGCCGACACAAUGCUCUGCCGACGCAUGCCAGAGGGGGUUGACCUUCCUUUCCCAAAUGCGGCACUUUUCCUGGCAACCCAUAAUGCGGCGAGUGCGGCCAAGGCAAUUUCAAAGCACCAAGAACUUCUGCUCUCAAAGCAGCCGACUGUUUUACUUGAAUGUGGACAGAUCCAAGGCAUGGCAGAUGAGUUGAGCUGUGAACUUGUGGAAAACUACGAGCGAGCUCUGAAGGUCUCCACGGCAAAUGAUGUCUCAGUGCCGAAGGCUUUCAAGUGUAUGGCUUGGGGCUCAGUUGCAGAAUGCAUGCAAUACCUUCAUCGACGGGCGAUUGAAAAUAAGGGCGCAGUUGAGCGAACCAAACAUAUGGGAGUUGCUCUAAGACAGGAGCUAUGGCGUCGGAUAGUUGGUUGA